AUGGGAGCUGGUUACAUGCCAGAUAUGUUUUUCCGGUUUGAUGAAAAGCGCGUGCAGACGAUGUUUCAGUACAUGCUUGAUAUGGGACUCAGCACCGUUCGUCUGGAAGUAAAUCAAGAAUACCCUGAGCUAUAUAACAUGGCCGAUCGCACUGGCAUGAUGAUUUUAGCCGGAUGGGAGUGCUGCGAUAAAUGGGGGGCUUGGGAGUACAACGAUGACAUCAAUGCCGUUAAAUGGGAGGAUCAAGAUUACGCAGUGGCCCAUACAUCAAUGGUCCACGAAGGCCAACACGGCUCCCAACUCAUCCAAGCAUAUUAG